UUUGCCAUUUCCGCUUCGAUUGGAUCAAAACUAGAGAGAGAAACAGAAACAGAAACUCGAGAGGAGAGGAGUUUUCUAUGUCUCUUCGUCCUUCUAUUCGUCUUCCUCGUCUUCGUCUUCGUCUACUCUCCAAUAGCCCUAAAUUUCUACGAUGAGGAACGGUUAGGUUUCACAAUUUUCCGCCUCUGUUUUCUCUCGUGUUCGUAAUUUCCUUCCGCGGCCGAAUUCUGAUUGACGAUGAUGAUCUAUCCGGCCUUGUAGCAGCCAAUCUAAGGCCGUGAUGGUCUCUGUCCUUUUCCCCGGGAUUUUGCGCCUUGGAGUUGUUUUUAUUUAAUCCUAGGGUUUCCUCCCUUUCUUUUUCUUCUUCUUUUAAUUUUCUUGUUUGUGAGUUGUUGAUUCUGCGGGAAUUUUGCGCCAUGGAGCCCCGCGUUGGAAACAAAUUCAAACUCGGUCGGAAGAUUGGGAGCGGAUCGUUCGGAGAGAUCUAUCUCGGAAAAUGUGAAGACGAAGCAUCCACAACUGCUGUAUGAAUCAAAACUAUAUAAAAUACUGCAAGGAGGAACUGGAAUUCCAAACGUGAGGUGGUUUGGUGUCGAGGGAGACUAUAAUGUCCUUGUGAUUGAUUUGUUGGGCCCUAGUCUUGAAGAUUUAUUUAACUUCUGCAGCAGAAAAUUGUCUCUUAAGACUGUUCUAAUGCUUGCAGAUCAGAUGAUCAACCGGGUGGAGUUUGUCCACUCCAAGUCCUUUCUACAUCGGGAUAUCAAACCUGAUAAUUUUCUUAUGGGCUUAGGAAGACGUGCAAAUCAGGUCUAUGCCAUCGACUUUGGUUUGGCUAAAAAGUAUAGAGACACUUCAACUCAUCAGCACAUACCUUACAGAGAAAACAAGAAUUUGACUGGAACAGCAAGAUAUGCAAGCAUGAAUACCCAUCUCGGCAUUGAACAAAGUCGCAGGGAUGAUUUAGAAUCACUUGGAUAUGUUCUUAUGUAUUUUUUAAGGGGGAGUCUUCCUUGGCAGGGACUCAAAGCAGGAACUAAGAAACAAAAGUACGAAAAGAUUAGUGAAAAGAAAGUCAACACUUCUAUAGAGGCCCUAUGUCGUGGAUACCCUACUGAAUUUGCUUCAUACUUCCAUUAUUGUCGGUCGUUAAGGUUUGAUGAUAAGCCAGACUAUGCUUAUCUUAAAAGACUCUUCCGUGACCUUUUCAUUCGUGAAGGUUUUCAGUUUGAUUAUGUGUUUGAUUGGACCAUUUUGAAGUACCAGCAAUCCCAGAUAACCGCCCCACCUGCUCGUGCCAUUGGUGGUGCCGGACCAAGUUCUGGAGUACCUAUGGCUGUAGCGAAUACUGAUAGGCACCCUGGUGGUGAGGAAGGUCGGCCGCCUCCAAGUGGUUGGGUACCAACGGCAGAUCCCUUGCGAAGGAGGAACUCUACUGGCCCUGGGAAUUUUUUAAAACAGAAACCACCAGGCUUAAAUGAACCCACUGGUGCCAAGGAACCUAUACUGCCAAAUUCUAAUAUUUUACGUUCAAGUGGAUCAUCGAGACGAGCAGCAAUCUCUAGCACUCAAGAUGCAGCUGCCCUUGGAAGUGAAUCCGAUCGCCCUCCAAUUCCAGAUCUCAGUGCAGGAGCACUCAAAAUUUCCAGUGGGCAAAACAGGAUAGCAGACCAGAACCGCGCCACCUCCGCCAGAAACGUAUCAAGCAUCAGGAACUUUGAAUCUACUCUUAGGGGCAUUGAAAGCCUCCAUUUUAGUCAGGAUGAGAAGGUACAACAUUAGCGACUAACACUGCGCUCGCUAUCUAUCUGCUAUCCAUUGUAAAUAGAGUCGGGUUGCUUUGCUCUGCUUUCGUUUGUGUUUUAGGAAAGCAGCAGCAGCAACUUGGGAACCAACAUUUUACCAUCACAAAAAUGCUAGGAAGAAAGAGGAGAUUACUAUGUGGCUCAAUCCGCGAAGCCAUUUUUAGUCGCCUUAGGUAAACGGGAUACAGUUUCUCCCUUUGCCCUUCAAAUUUUAAUUGUUCAAUACUCUGUUUGUUGUAUUCCUUUUCAGUAUUGGUCGCUGUUUCUUUUGAUUCAAAAACUAGAUGAACAAUUAAUUAUGUAAUUAGUUUGUGCUUUAAAUUCUUUAGUUCUAGUAAUGGGGCCACACGUAAACCUCAUUGUGACUAUUGGAUGUUCCAUUCUAGGCAACAACACAUUUCUGGUGCAGUUUCUGAAAUCUAUAUAUUUUGUGUUA